AUGUCUUAUACUUUGCAACUCUCGGUUCCGAACUUGGGGCUUGAAUCGUCUCGAAAAGUUCGACGACAGAGAUUCAAGCGCAUCCAAAUUCUAUGUACCUCUUCUGAUUCAGCUCGACAUUCCAAUUCUGAUGGAAGAGAAGCUGAAGAAGAUUCCGAACAUAGGAGGGAAGAAGGCCAACCGCGUGAGAUUUUAGUGGAAAGAUAUGGAAAUGGCACUUCCAAGAGGUAUGUAUUAGAUGAGGACUUGCUAUUAAGGACAUUUCUUGAGAAGCGUGACUCCAAAGAUAAUGGGUUCCAAGGUUCACAUAUAUCCCCUCUGGAAUUAUCCUGGCUUCCCGACGCUAUCAAAGAUUUUGUAUUACCUGCAGGCUACCCAGGUGGGCGGUUUGGCAAUCUUUUUGACGAUGAUCCAAAGCAGUGGCGCAUGUAUGCAGACUUCAUUGGCAGUGCAGGAAGCAUUUUUGAUUUAAGUACUCCAUUAUAUCCUGUUUAUUUCCUGCUACUGGCUUCUCUUGGAAACCUUGCACAGGCUGUGGCAAGGGGACUAAAAGAUCCUUCAUUUCGAGUGAUACAAAACCAUUUUGCAGUCUCAGGAAAUCUGGGAGAGGUAUCAGCAAAGGAGGAAGUUUGGGAAGUAGCUGCUCAGUUGCUUGGCCUUUCUCUUGGAGUACUCCUCCUGGAUACGCCUGGCUUUUUGACAGCAUAUCCCGUGUUGGCAUUGACAUGGAUGAGCAUACGGCUUUUGCACCUUUGGUUCCGAUAUCAGUCUCUUUCAGUUCUGCAAUUUGAUACGGCCAAACCAAACCNCGUGUUGGCAUUGACAUGGAUGAGCAUACGGCUUUUGCACCUUUGGUUCCGAUAUCAGUCUCUUUCAGUUCUGCAAUUUGAUACGAUAAAUCUCAAGCGUGCUCGUGUACUCGUAAAAUCGCAUGUUUUACAUUCUUCGAUUCCAGGAUGUAGGGACUGCAAUAGGAUGGAAAAUAUUCUAUUGUGGCAAAGGUUUUUAAGACCACGAAUCAUAUUUGGUGUAUCUUUGGAAGAAAUGGUUGGUGGUGAAAGAUCCGGCUCCAUGAUUAGGAAUUUUCUCAAACUCUAUGCAAAGGAGAAAUAUGUUCUUGUGGUGAACCAGUGUCAAUCAAGAGAUUUCGAGGUUCUUGUUUCCUUCAAGAAAGGAGCUACAAGUCUAUCGGUGCUGCGAAGUUUAUGGCAGACUUACUGGCUCCAUUAUAAUUGGGCCGGUGUAGAUAACAUUGAUGAUCAACUAGAGCAAAGCUUAAUUGAAUUGGAGAACAGGUUUGAGAAUUUCUUGCAACAACUGGAGGCAGCUGGAUGGGAUACAAAUCAAAUAAAUCUGAAGGUGCCCAAGGAAAUUACAAUUGAAGAAUUCGGUGCUGUCUAA